AUGGACCUCUUAAGAAACUACCAUGGAUUUGCUAGAAACAGUUUUUGGAGCAUUGACGAGAAACCUCUCCUAGAAGCACCGGAAAACUCUAAAGCAUUUGUUGACUUGAUACUGAAGCCCUCUGAAAACGACUUGAAUAUCUGGCCUCACAGGUUUGAAUUCCGAUUGAGGUUAACAUUGAAAUCUGGAGGAGAAUCAGGACAUCUUAUACUAAUAUCUCAAAUAGGAAACCUCAACACUGCUGGAAAGUCCUUCGACUUUACAUUUGGGUAUCACACCUAUCUCCCUGUUUCAUCAGACGACAUAGGUUCUGUUCGUGUUGAGGGGCCAGACACAAUGCAUUGUUUUGAUAAGUUGCAGAAGGGGGAGCUGAAUACUGAACAAUAUGAUGCUGCUAUUAAAAUGAAGGACAAGACAUAUGUGAUGAAUAAGGGUGGACUUCCUGAUGCAGUGUUGUGGAAUCCUUGGGACAAGAAGGUAAAGAAAAUCUCGAACCUUGGAGAUAAUGAAUAUCAGAAGAUGUUGUGUGUGGGAGCUGCUGCUGUGGAAAAACCCAUCACUUUGAAAGCCGGUGCGAAAUGGAAAGGAUGGCAGGAACUGCCAUAUUGA